CAACAAGUAAAGCAUAAACCACAAGUCUUCUAAGUCAUAAGGCACAGACAAGGGAAGCACACUAGCUAGUAGAGAUGGGAACCUCAGGUGAGCCGAGGCAGGGGCCUCGACUCAUCUAUGCCCUAAUAUUUUGCAUAAUUUCUAGUAUGGUGGUUGCUGAUGAUGACAAGCCUUACUAUGGAGACCCACCAUACAAGUAUCCAACAACACCACCCUAUAAUAAAGACUACCCACCUUACUAUUACAAACCACCACCAUAUUACUAUUACCAAUCAUCACCUCCAUAUUACUACAAAUCCCCAUCUCCUCCAUAUUACUAUCAAUCUCCACCUUCUUAUGAAUACAAAUACCCUCCAUAUUACUACAAUUCUCCACCUCCUUAUGGAUACAAAUUCCCUCCAUAUUACUACAAAUCACCUCCACCACCUCCUUAUGAACACAAAUUCCCUCCACAUUACUACAAACCUCCCUAUUACUACAAGUCACCUCCACCACCAUAUGUUUACAAGUCACCACCUCCUCCACCAUAUGUUUAUUCAUCGCCACCACCUCCUCCAUAUUACUAUAAAUCUCCGCCGCCACCUCCAUAUGUUUACAAGUCACCUCCACCUCCACCAUAUGUUUAUUCGUCCCCACCACCACCUCCAUAUUACUACAAAUCUCCGCCGCCACCUCCAUAUGUUUACAAGUCACCUCCACCUCCACCAUACGUUUAUUCGUCCCCACCACCACCUCCAUAUUACUACAAAUCUCCACCUCCACCUCCAUAUGUUUACAAGUCACCUCCACCUCCACCAUAUGUUUAUUCAUCUCCACCACCUCCCCCAUAUGUUUACAAGUCUCCACCACCACCUCCAUAUGUUUAUUCAUCUCCACCGCCUCCUCCAUAUGUUUACUCAUCUCCACCACCACCUCCAUAUGUCUACUCAUCUCCACCACCACCUCCUGCAUAUGACUACAAGUCCCCACCUCCACCAUCUCCUCCAUAUUACUAGAUAGAUCAAUCUCUACCCCCACCUUCACCACUUCUCCAUCUUGUCCUUCAUCCUUCCACCGUAUCAUUAUAAGUCCCACCACCUCCAUCGUCUUCACGGACUACUCCAUGUUACUACAAGUCUCCAAUUCCACCAUCCAUUAUCAUCACCUGCUCCACCAUAUUAUCUUUUACGUCAAUAACUCAACCCCGGUCACCCAUGUAUAUACGCUAGGGGUUACAGCUAUUUGAAUUUUUCAAUAAAUUAUGUUUAACAUUGUUGCAGUUCGUCACCAAGUUUCAUAUAAUAAUAUGGUACCUCUGCGCUAUAGCAAGAGCCAUGUAUUAAUGCUUGUAAGUUGUACCCAUGUAUCAGUGAGUGUCAUAUUUUGUUAUUUGUUAAUGUUAGGUUUCCAUUUCCUUCUCUGUAUGCGUUCAUAUAUUUUUCGAAAUUAAAAUAUUGAUUUGAUCAAAA